ACCACAUCCAACCAAACAAAACGCACCAUAAGAACAAACCAGAACCCACCAAACACAAACAACUCAGAGGAAAACAAAAAGAAACAAUCCACAAUGCUAUCAACUCUCGACACGCCCCCCAUCUCCACAGCCCUCCGCCCAACAACCCAGCUCCUCCUCGGCGGCCUCACCUUCAACCUCCUUUCGACCUUCCUCCUCACGCCCCGGAUCUCCCUCCUCCUAACCACCACUCUCCUCUUCCUCCGCUUCAUCCCCACCCUCCUCGUCGCCGCAGGCAAGCUCCCCAACGACGAACUCGACGCCGUGGUACGCGGCAAACGCACCGUCGUCUUCCCCUCCUCCGAAACCCACAACGACAACGGCGAUGGGGAGAACAAGACGACUCUCUCCCCCUCAAACAAAGGCCUCACCGUCCUAAUCCUCGGCACACGCAUAUCCCACCCGCUCGGCAUCCUCGCCCCCGGCGUCGCCGAAACAGGCCACUUCUUCACCUCUCUCCUCGCGGACCUGGACGCCGAGCGCGACGCCGGCGUCUCUGACAACGGCUGGCUCGGCGGGUCUCUCGUCACGGGUACGCCCACCACUCCCGGCGGUAACCCGGGACACCUGAGCGUGAUUGGGUAUUUCCGGUCCGUGGAAGACCUGCAUGCGUUUGCGCAGGGCAAGGCGCACAGGGAGGCGUGGACGUGGUGGAAUAGGAAUGCGGGCAAGAUGCCGCAUUUGGGGGUGUAUCAUGAGAUUUACGACGUCCCUGCUAAGCAUUGGGAGGCGGUGUAUUUGCAGACGCCGAGGUUGGGGCUUGGGGCGACGAAGGUGAGGGGCGGGGAUGGGGUGUUGAGGAAUGUCGGGUUGGAAGAUGCGGGGAGGGGGGUUUGGAAGACGUCGAGUGGGAGGAUGGGGAGAGGUGGGGAGGGUGAGGGUGAGGAGGGGAUGUGA